AUGGGACUAGAAGAGCAGAUCAUGAUCUUUGUUGCCCUUUUCUUCACUCAGUUGAGACGGGACGGAGUGCUUGACGGUCCUGACCUUUUGGCAGAAGACCAGGGGAAGACCCGCUCUGAUACUGUGGACUUAGAGACCGACACCACCUUACAAGUUGAUAUAUCAGAUGCCUUGAGUGAGAGAGAUAAAGUCAAGUUCACAGUUCACACAAAGACCACAUUAUCAAGGUUUAAAGAGUCAGAGUUUUCAGUAGUUCGACAGCAUGAAGAGUUUGUCUGGCUUCAUGACAGAUAUGUGGAGAAUGAUGAAUAUGCCGGAAUCAUUAUCCCACCAGCUCCCCCUCGACCAGAUUUUGAUGCAUCCAGGGAAAAGCUUCAAAAGCUGGGGGAGGGAGAGGGGAACAUGACCAGAGAAGAAUUCCAGAAAAUGAAGCAGGAGCUAGAAGCGGAGUACCUGGCAACCUUCAAGAAAACCGUUGCCAUGCAUGAGGUGUUCCUGCAGCGGAUAGCAGCCCACCCACUGCUCAGAGUAGAUGUUAACUUUGAGGUGUUUCUGGAGUACGACCAGGAUUUGAGUGUACGGCAAAAGAACAAGAAGGAAAAGCUGGGAGGGUUCUUUAAGAAUUUGACAAAGUCCGCAGAUGAGGUGUUAUUAUCAGGGCAAAAGGAUGUUGAUGACUUUUUUGAGCAAGAGAAGACGUUCCUCGUUGAAUACCACAACCGUAUUAAAGAUGCCACCAUGAAGUCAGACAAGAUGACUAAAACUCAUAAAAAUGUAGCAGAUAAUUAUAUUCGAAUAUCUUCUGGGUUCCUGCAAAUAGCUACCAUAGAAAAUACAGAAUUAGACAAGACUUUCACACGGUUCUCUGAAUGUCUGGAAAAAGCUAGAAAGUUAGAAGGUCGGGUGGCUUCAGAUGAAGACCUCAAGCUCAGUGAUACAUUACGCUAUUACAUGAGAGAUUCAGCAGCAGGCAAAGAUUUGUUGUAUCGUCGGUCGCGAGCUUUGGCCGAUUACGAAGCAGCAAAUAAAGCUCUGGACAAAGCGAGAAUGAAGAAUAAGGAUGUGGCAGCUGCAGAGCGACAGCAGGAACUGGCAUGCAAGAAGUUUGAGAGAAUAUCUGAAGUAGCUAAAAAGGAACUUUCAGAGUUUAAAGUUAGAAGAAUAGCUUAUUUUCGGAAAAAUUUGGUGGACUUGGCCGAAUUGGAACUUAAACAUGCAAAGGCUCAAGUGCAGCUGUUUCGGAACUGUAUCACAGCCUUGAAGGAAGAGUCGUAAUAAGGGGCACUUGGUGUCGGGUAAUCGGCAUGCCUGGGACAUUGUGAUAUACUUCUAUGUGUGUUACAUGUAACAGUGAAGGAGCCAGACAAACUUGGCAGAGCUGAGCCUUAACCAUUGACCACUGGACAUGCUCAAAGCUAGGUGCGAGGUGCAAGCUUGAUCCCAAGACAUGAUUUCUUGGAAACUGAUCAUUAAAGUGGACGUGGACAUAAGUACUUGUUCAUUUGGUGAACAAGCCUGUACAAAAUCAUGUGUAUGAUCAUCAAGCAUUGUUACAUAAAUGAGCUAUAUUAUGAUGGCUAUCUAUAUCUGAUAUAGAUAUCUGAGCAAAUGUUCAAGAUAUAAAAAAAAAAACAAAAAUAAAUGAGGGUAUUGUCAUUUUCUGUUGAUAAUGUUUCUAGUUGUAAGCUUUACACAAAUGCUGUGCGGCUGGUCUAUAUUUUAUAAAUGCUGAAUAUAUACAUAUAUAUUUAUAUAGAAAUAUUUCCUAAUGGCAUGCUGCCUGUUGCUCUUUGUUCCUUUCUCUUUGUACUCUGUGUUACUUCCUGAGCAAUGAACAACUGAAUGUUGGAUUUUUCUUUAAAACAGCUGUGAAGCACUUAAUACAAAAAUUUCCCUUUGUGUCAAGUGCUCUAUACAUUUAUUUGCCUGAUCGAUAUACUGUAACACUAUAAGCUAUGUUUUUGUUGUAACAGGAGGUUUACAAAGUUCUUAAAUAAAAGGCACAAUGGCUCUUAACGAAAUAUGUUCUGUAUUUCACAUGCUAUUUUCAUAUAUCCUACAUAUACUCACAUUGGCUGAUUUCACUGAUUGUUUUCUCACCUUAGCUUAUCACAUUUUUGUUUUCAUGUGCACAUAAUACUGCUCUUUGUGAGGUUAUAAUCCUUUCUAUCAUAAAGUGAUGAUUUCAGAAAGUUUAUUUAAACAUGUUCACGUGUGGAGGACUGGAAGUCACUCUUACAAUCAGUGUUACCAGAUCACAAGAGCUGACAGAAUCAGAUCAUAUUGUUUUUUUCCACUCUUCUUGAAAGCUUGGAAUAAAUUUUAAAUUGUGAACAUGUAGUGUCCUUGUGUGGAAGUUAAGUACUUGCAAGCCAGCUUUGGGUUAUGUAAAUCAGAUGUAGAUUUGGUACUGACAGAAUAUAUGCCACGAUCAAACAUACUUAGGUGAUGUAGGAGAGCUCAUUGAUGUAAAUAAGCUCACGUUUGAUAAUCAAGAGCGUACAGCAAGGCUUGUGUUCCAUGUUAAACAUUUAGACAUUUUGAACAUUAGUAUGUGUUGCCUGUAGGUUAUGGCUAAUUUCUGUCCCACCCAAGUAUACAUGAAGACUUAACAUCCACCCGUUGGCUGCAAAUUUGUUUUCAAAACAUUUAGAAUGGAAGGACAUGAAAGUGUGAUGUUUAAAUCUGUGCUUUCUGAUGGAGAAGUUUGAACUGAUCAGUUGUACUGGCAAUUGUAAAAUGUUAUAGUUAGCAAUGGCUUGAUUAAUUCAUCCCAACAAUAUUUCCAAGAGAAUCCAGCAGUUGAAUAAUAUGAUCAUUUGCCUAUUUCAUUCAACUAGUUUGAUGUGAAAAGUUGAUGCCAGAAAGUAAAUGGAUUAACAAAGCUUAGACACAAAAGCACCCCGGUAAAGUAGUGCUAUCUGCUGUACUUCUUCUCGAUUGAAUAUUUUGCUUCCAAGCUAGUUUGAUAUUGUCUGAAAUCUGGUUUUCCAGCUAUGAAAUACAUGUAACUGAUGUGAUUCGGAUAAGUAUUGUGUACUCUUGUUACAAUGGUUUGGAGUUUGACAUUGUGGAAGAUUGGCCAGCAGUGGUGACACUGGGGUAGUCUUACUUCAACCGUUGGAGAUACCUGUAAUUUAUAAAAAGUAGCAUUCUUUAUAAAAGGAAGGUUUUCACUGCUCCGACACUUAUUCAUUCCAGGGGAUUGAAGAUUUUGAGUUCAUUUAUUUAUGUGAAAGUUCUGUGUGUACAUGUGACACUGUGUGAUUGACACUAGACCUGUUUUCUGAUGACACAAAUCCAUAUAAACAUACCAUCACUUCUGCUGUAUCAAUUCUGAAUCUUGGCUGACUGAACUGGGGGACAUCUUGACACUUUUCUACAUUUAGAAUUAGCUUCUAAAAAAAAUGGAAGGGAAUAUUUUGGUAAGAUUUCCAUCUUAAUUCUGUCCACCAUGUUUGGUCAGUCACAGAUUCAUGCAUAAUUCCACUGAAUUAAGGGCUGAAUCAGCAUCUAAUUCUACAGUACUAUGUUAUGGAAAUGCUAAAUACAUGUAAAUUACUGA